AUGCGCCUCUCCGCCAUUAUCUCUCUUUCUCUGCUCUCGGUAGCAUCGGCUAUCCACCUCCCCCCUCCUCAGUACAUCUUCUCCAACUUCCCCGAGGACAAACCUCCCCAUCAUAGCAAUGAACCGCACCACCCCAAUACUCCAGACGCUCCUACAACGAACAUCAACAUCCCCACAGUCCACGAAUCCGCCAUCCUAGCCCGCCGCAUCCUCCGCCUCGAACGCCUCGGCACGCUCUCGACCAUCUUCCCCGCCCACAAGGACGCCCCGCACCAACCUCCCCCCAGCGUCUCCGGCGUGCCCAUCGGCAUGAUGGACUACUUUGGCGACUGCGAGCCCAGCACGGGCAACCCGACCAUCCUAGCCAUCAACAUCGCUACGUCUUUCCGUAAUGUUGCCGCGGGGUCUAACAUCACGUUGUCGCUGCGCUGGCACCCACCGCAUACGAAGCACUACAGCGCCGCCGCUAUGCCGCGGUUCUCGCUUCUGGGCGAGCUGCAGGAUCUCGGUGCUGAGGAUGUCGUCAAGCACAAUGUGCCUGGGUGCUUUGUCAAGUAUCAUCCCGAUGCGGCGACUUGGUUACCCGGGAACCCGAUCCAUGCUAGCCGUUGGGUGAGGCUGGUCGUGAGGGAGAUAUACUGGGUCGGAGGCUUUGGGAAUGUCGCGUAUAUCGGUUGGAUCCCUGUGGAGGAGUGGCAGAGUGUGACGGAAAAGGAGAUUGAGGAGGCGAGGCUGCCUGGGGAGAAGCGGCAUAGGUGGUCGUUGUGUGAGUUGAAGAAGUGGAUUGGGUUGGGUGAGGAGUAG